AUGGAAGAAUAUUGUUAUAUAAUGCCUGGGGAGUUUGGGCUUUUAGUCCAAGGAAUUUUAGGAGUUAGUUCAAUAUCUAUCUUAAUAGCAAAAUAUAUAUUUGAGAAACCACGACGAACAUUAUUAAAUUUUUUUGAAGAUGUUGCUUUAUUAUUAAUUGGGAAUACAGUAAUUCAUUUUUUUAAUAUAUUUUUUAGUAUGUUUUUUUUUCAUCGUAAAAUUUUGUUAUAUUUAUUUCAAAUUGAUAUGGAUGAAUGCUCCAUAUAUUUCUCUCAAGUUAUUUUGGAUGGGUCCCUAGGAUUAUAUUUGCAAUCUACGCUACUUGACAUUUUUAAAGUAACUAAAUAUUUUAAAUUUAGUUUUUUUCAUAAUAAAUAUAAAUCGAUCAUGCAUAAACACAGCGACAUACUACCUUGCUAUCCUUCAUUCGAUUUAAAUAAUGAUAAUAAUGAUAAACAAUCUGUCAAUAAUUUAAUUCAUAAUAAUACUAAUACAAUAACUGUUAGUACAAACAAUAACAAAAUGGCCAAUGAUGAAUAUAGUACUAAUAAAAAUAGUAACAAUAUCGAAUUAGCAAACAAAGAAAUAUGUAUUAAUAUAAAUGGAAAUAAUAAUUUAAAAAAUGAUGAAAUAUAUGAAAAUAAAGAUAUAUAUAUACUUGAUAAAACAGAAAGCAAUAAUUCAAACAAUUUAAUUGAUAAUUUAAUUUUAUGGUUAUCUGUAAUUUUAUCAACAAAAUUUAUUGUAAUUUUUGUUUUUGUAUUAACAUCCCCUAUCACUAAUAUAUUUACUCUUUAUACUAUAUCAUAUAUUAAAGAUGUAAGAUAUAGGCUUAUAUCCAUAAUGAUUAUUAUACCGUUUUUCUUUAACUUUGUAUUAUAUUAUAUUUCCGACAUUAUAAUUAAAAAAAAAAGCGAAAAUAUAAAUGUGAUUAAUGAUAAUCCUUAA